AAUAAUAAAAUCUCACGCAAUCACACACGUGUUUUUACGUAUAAUAUAUUUCAGCAUAUAUUAAUUUCCUAUAGAUUUAGGUUAAAUAAAAAUUUUUUAUUGUUAUAAAAAGUAACAAUAAUAUACUAGUGUUAAAAACAAACUAUUAAUUGAUAAAUAGUUAAAAUAAUAUAUAGAAUAAUGGGUGAAAUGAGAAUGAGUGCUUCAGAGCACAUAAAAGAUGAAGAAAAACAUAAAAGAGUUAUCCAGCAUAUCGAGAACAAAUGGAAACUUGUACCGGCAUUUUUAAAAGGCAAAGGAUUAGUGAAACAACACGUUGAUUCUUUUAAUUAUUUUAUAAAUGUCGAAAUAAAAAAAAUUGUCGCAGCUAACAGUUUGGUCACUACAGAGUCUACUGCUUCAUUUUAUCUCAAAUAUUUGGAUGUCAGAGUUGGAAAACCAGAAGAAGUAGAAUUUGGUGAAACUAAAACACUGACUCCUCACGAAUGUCGACUACGAGAUUUAACUUAUUCAGCUUCUAUUUUCGUUGAUAUUGAAUAUACUCUCACUAAUAAACGAAUGAUUAAAAAAGAUCUUUGUAUCGGAAGAAUGCCAAUAAUGUUGAAAAGUUCAAACUGCGUAUUAAAAGAUGCAUCUCACUUUCAACUGUCAAAAUUGAAUGAAUGUCCCCAUGACCCUGGUGGUUAUUUUAUAAUAAAUGGCCAAGAAAAAGUGAUUCUCAUUCAAGAACAAAUGAUAAGAAAUCGUGUUAUCAUUGAGAAAGAUAAUAAAGGCUGUAUUAUGGCGUCUUGUAACAGUUCAACCCAUGAAAGAAAAACCAAAACAAAUAUUGUGGGUAAAGGUGGCAAAUAUUAUCUACGUCACAAUAUAUUUCAAGACGACAUACCAAUAGUCGUAAUAUUCAAAGCAAUGGGAAUUGUUUCCGAUCAAGAAAUAAUCCAAUUGAUUGGAACUGACGAAGAAUUCAUGGAAAAAUUUGCAUCAAGUAUCGAAGAUUGCCGUCUGUGUAAAGUAUUUUCACAAAACCAAGCACUGAAAUAUCUUGCAGUCAAAAGAAAACAUCGAAGAUUUCCCACGAGUCAAAAAAUGUCUCCAGCAGAUGAAAUCAGUGACUUAUUGGCUCAAAAUAUACUGAGUCAUGUGCCGCUUGUUGACUAUAAUUUCAAAGUCAAAGCGACGUAUCUAGCAGUCAUGAUACGACGUGUGAUAAGAGCACAGUCUGAUAGUUCAUUGAUAGACGACCGUGAUUACUACGGUAAUAAAAGACUAGAAUUGGCUGGGUCUCUACUGUCAUUGAUGUUCGAAGAUUUAUUCAAACGUUACAAUUUAAAUCUUAAACAGACAACAGAUAAAAAUAUAAAUAAAGUCAAAGCAUCAGAAUACAAUAUAACAAAACAUAUGAAAGGAGAUUUGAUAACAAACGGUCUAGUAUUCGCAAUAUCGUCUGGUAACUGGACGAUAAAACGUUUCAAAAUGGAGCGUAAAGGUGUAACGCAGAUUUUAUCACGACUGUCAUAUAUUUCUGCACUAGGAAUGAUGACCAGAGUUAACUCACAGUUUGAAAAAACACGUAAAGUAUCAGGACCGCGAUCUCUACAAGCGUCUCAAUGGGGAAUGUUGUGUCCUAGUGACACACCCGAAGGAGAAGGUUGUGGUCUAGUUAAAAAUCUCGCAUUGAUGACCCAUAUUACGACAGAGAUUGAAGAAAAACCAAUAGUGCGAUUGGUAUUUAAUUUAGGGGUCGAAAGCAUUAAUAUUCUCAGCGGCGAAGAAAUAAAUAGUAAAGAUGUUUACAUGGUAUUUUUAAAUGGUAACAUACUCGGAGUGAUUAAAAAUUACAAUAGACUUGUCAAUGUCUUCCGGAUGUUACGUCGCAGAGGUCUCGUUGAUCCUUUUGUUUCAAUUUAUUUGCAGCAUAAACACAAGUGCGUGCAAAUAAGUUCCGAUGGCGGGCGGCUUUGUCGUCCAUACAUUAUUAUAAAACAUGGGCAGCCUUUGAUUACAAGUGAAGAUAUCAGUAAACUUGAACAAGGUGUCAAAAGCUUCGAUGAUUAUCUACAAGAUGGAUACGUUGAGUACUUAGAUGUCAAUGAAGAAAAUGAUUGUCAUAUUGCAUUUAAUGAACAAACUGUUACGUACAAAACAACCCACUUAGAAAUCGAGCCGUUCACUUUACUGGGUGUCUGUGCAGGACUCGUACCUUACCCUCACCACAACCAAAGUCCUCGUAAUACUUAUCAGUGUGCUAUGGGUAAGCAAGCGAUGGGUACUAUCGGUUACAAUCAACGUAAUCGUAUUGAUACAUUGAUGUACAAUUUAGUUUACCCACAAAAACCCAUGGUAUCAUCGCGUACCAUUGAACUUAUUAACUUUGACAAAUUACCUGCUGGACAGAAUGCGACUGUUGCUGUAAUGUCUUACAGUGGCUACGAUAUUGAAGACGCAUUGAUUUUAAACAAAGCGUCAAUUGAUCGUGGCUACGGCAGAUGUUUAGUUUAUCGUAGCGUUAAGACAACAUUAAAAAAAUAUGGAAGUUCAACAACUUCACUCCAAGACCGUAUAAUGGGGCCUUUAAUUGAUAGUAAAACUAAAAAACAUGUUUGGAAGCAUGAGGCUAUUGAUCUAGAUGGUAUCGUUGCAUCUGGAGUUAUGGUUGACAAGGGAAGAGUAAUGAUUAAUAAAUCUGUUCCAACAAAUAUAAAUACAACACCUGGCAAUCCAGCUUCUAGUGCACCGAUAGAAUAUCGUGAGGUUCCGGCUUGUUAUAAAGGAACAGUACCGUCUUAUAUAGAACGAGUUAUGGUUGCGACAAAUAAUAGUAACGAGUGUUUAAUUAAAUUGUCUCUACGGCAAACAAGAAGACCGGAAAUAGGUGAUAAGUUUAGUAGUAGACAUGGACAGAAAGGUGUUACUGGUUUGAUUGUUGAACAAGAGGACAUGCCGUUUAAUGAUCAAGGUAUUUGUCCUGACAUGAUCAUGAACCCGCAUGGAUUCCCAUCGAGAAUGACAGUGGGCAAGUUGAUUGAACUACUGGCGGGAAAAGCUGGAGUACUCAAAGGUGAGCAACACUAUGGUACCGCUUUUGGUGGCUCAAAAGUAUCAGAUGUAUGUGAGGAAUUAGCACGUCAGGGAUACAAUUAUCUUGGCAAAGAUAUGUUUUACUCGGGAACAACGGGCGAACCACUGCAAGCUUACAUUUAUUCUGGGCCUGUUUAUUAUCAGAAAUUGAAGCAUAUGGUUCAAGAUAAAAUGCACGCACGUGCGCGAGGACCACGUGCUGUUCUAACCCGGCAACCAACUGAGGGACGAUCUAAAGACGGUGGUUUGAGAUUGGGUGAAAUGGAGAGAGAUUGUUUGAUUGGCUACGGUGCUAGUAUGAUGUUACUAGAAAGAUUGAUGAUCUCUAGUGAUUCUUUUGAUGUUGAUGUCUGUAACAAGUGCGGGUUGAUGGGUUACAGUGGGUGGUGUCAUAAUUGUAAGUCAACUGGAUGUGUUUCCACGAUAACUAUGCCCUAUGCUUGUAAACUUUUAUUCCAAGAAUUACAAUCGAUGAAUAUUGUACCGAGAUUAUCACUUAAGAAUUAUUGUGAUUAAUUAUUUAUAUGUUAAAUAAAUAUAUCAGUAUUUGUUUAGAUUUUAUUAUUGAAUGUGGAAUUAAAUUUUAUUAAUUGUCAAACUUGUAACCAAUUAAAUGUUUAUUUUUAAAUUAUUAUGCUACUGAUAAUUAAUUUUUGGUGGCAUUCAAAUAUAAUAAAAUCUAGAACUGAUAUAUUUUUAUUUUAAUAAAUAUAUAAG